AUGGCUUCAGUUCUGAAGAAUGGCCCCGAAACGCGAUCCCCCGACCUCGUUGACUGGGAUGAAGCCGGCGAUGAGACCAAUCCAAUGGACUGGAGCACGAGCAAGAAGAUCAUGACGGUUGGCACCGUGUCGAUCUUCAACUUCCUCACGUACGUCAAGGCCUGCGGAGUGACGGUCCCUAGUAUAGCUGCUGACAACAGGUCAAGCCCGCUGGGGUCGGCCAUGUUUGCACCGGGGGUUGCGCAGGUCAUGGCCCAGUUCGACUCGACAAGCAAGCCCAUGUCGUCCUUUGUGGUCUCGGUCUACCUUCUAGGCUUUGCCUUUGGCCCUCUGGUCGUGGCGCCCCUUUCCGAGCUCUACGGGCGACUGCCGCUCUACCACGCCUGUAACAUCGGCUUUGCACUCUUCAGUGUAGCCUGUGCUCUGGCUCCCAGUCUGUCCUCCCUCGUCGCAUUUCGGUUCCUGGCCGGGUCAUUCGGGAGCGCGCCCCUGGCCCUUGGAGCUGGAACAAUCGCCGAUAUCAUCGCCCCCGAUCGCCGCGGAUUUGCAAUUGCUGUUUGGGCUGUUGGCCCUGUUGUUGGUCCCGUUGUUGGCCCUGUUUGUGGUGGUUUCCUGGCCGAAGACGUGUCGUGGCGCUGGGUCUUCUGGGUGAUUGCGAUUGCAGCAGGCGUCGUAACAUGCAUCUCAUUCGCCGUCCUUCGUGAAACCUACGCUCCGGUCCUCCUCGCACGGCGGGCAAAGCGCCUGCGUCGAGAAACAGGCAAUCCCAACUUCCAGUCUGCCCUCUCCACAGGGUUGACGCCAACAGCUCUCUUCGCGAGAUCCAUCAUCCUGCCGCUGAAACUGCUGAUCUUCUCUCCCAUCGUCUCCCUCCUCUCCCUCUACGUCGCCGUGGUCUACGGCUUCCUCUACCUCCUCUUCACCACCAUGUCGCAGGUCUACCGCGACCAAUACCAUUUCUCCGCAAGCACAGUCGGCCUCACCUACAUCGGGCUAGGGCUAGGCUCUGCCCUCGGCCUCCUCGUCACAGGCCGUUUCUCCGACCCCAUCUCACACCGUCUGGCCGCCCGACGAGCCAAGGGCGAACGGAAGCCCGAGUUCCGCCUGGCCCUCAUGAUCCCGCUGAGUGUGUGCCUGCCGAUCGGGCUGGUCUGGUACGGCUGGACCGCCGGCGAAAAAGUGCAUUGGAUCCUGCCCAUCAUUGGGACAGGCUGGAUCGGUGUUGGCGUGGUGGCCUCUUUUACCGCUAUCCAAGCCUAUCUUGUCGAGGCAUUUACCGCACAGGCAGCGUCGGCAGCGGCGGCGAAUACCGUCCUGCGAUCGCUCAUGGGCGCGGUGCUGCCUCUGGCUGGGCCGUCAAUGUACAGCGCGCUUGGGCUGGGUUGGGGCAACACCUUGUUGGCCUUCAUUUCCCUGGCCAUGCUGCCGCUUCCGGUUGUGUUUUUCAGGUAUGGGGAGGCGCUUCGGAUGAGGUUCCCGAUUGCGCCUUGA